AUGUCCUACGCUGUAGGGAAGCCCCAAGCCUCGUCGCCCACGAGCAACGACGGCCCGCCAUCCACAGCGACCGUGUACGAUUUCAUAUGCCUGUUCACACACGACCUGCGCCGCAAGCAGAAGCGAUGGCAGGAUGGAAAGCUCAAAUACCACAGUUUCAACAAGAAGGUGAUGGUAUACGAUGACCGCGGCCAUUUCGUCGGCGACUCCCACUGGGAUCAGGAGGGCGAUUUGGCGCCCGGCGACGAGCUCUCGCUGGACCGAGGCAUGGCGCUGGUCCAGGUAGAAGACUGCACGGGCGAGAAGCAGCAAGACUUGACCGAGCUUCUCGACAAAAGAGCACGAGAAGUGGAAAAAAGACGACAAAUUGCGGCAGCCAAAACGCGGCCAGCACAGCGGGGUUCGCUGGCUGGCGGGGCGCAGCCGCCGCCUCAGCAUCGACCGCAUCUCUCGCUGAACUCCUUGGUGCAGAGUCCCGGACCGGUUGGCCGCGCAGCCAUACCGGCGCAUUCCCCGUUUGAAGCUCGACAACAGAGGCUACAUCAGAACCAGCCACCGAACGCUGACGCGCAGCCUACGGUGUCAGCGCCCCCAGCCAAGAAGCGACGCACCAGUACCUCGCCGCCGAGCAAGGCCGGGUUCGCAAGAAAUCUGUUUGGAACCACGUUGAAUCUAUCCUCUUGUCCCGGGCCAGAGCUAUUAGCCGCCAGGGCGCGAGCGCUACGGCAGAGGAUGCUGUCACAGGCUGAGGCUACGUCGACACCUCAGGAAGACGAAGGGGUGGAAGAACAUAUACCUAUGCAGAGCAGUCCUCUGUUUGUCCAAGAUGAUGCAGAUGCUACGCCUUCGAGACCAGCAAAGGAACAGCGCUCGACGUUACAGCCUGUAACACGACAUCCGAUCGCCAGCGCACGCUCGGUGAUGAGAGAGGCGGAAGAAGUAGGCAAUCGCAACACGGAGGCGACGUCUGAUAAAGAGGACAAUCUUGGGCAAGAAAAUGCCCCCAAGAAGCAUACAAAAGAGACAGGAAAGCAAGCCCAUCGUACAGCGGCCGUGGACCUGACUACACAAGAUGCGCACCCAGAGGCGGAACCCGUAAUACCAGAGGAACCUCCCAAGAGGAAAAGGAAGGACAAAGAACCAUCGCAAUCACUUAAGCAACAGCAAACAGAAGACCGGCCCGACGAGUCACGGAAACAAAAGCCUACUGUAACACGACGCUCACCUUCGCCCAAUUUGAUGGGUAUUGAUGAGCCUGACGACGUUGAGGCGGCACCGCGUCAUCGCAAAGCUCCAAAUGAAUCCCAGCGCAAGAAAAAAGAACGAGAAAAAGUAGCCCAAGAGUCACCAGCCCCGGUGCGAAGGGAACCGAAAGCGAAAGAGCCGAGGACAACGUUACGAAUGCGAUCGAGACAAAAGAGAGGCUUGCUCAUGAUGCGAGAGCCAAGCCCACCACUGCCAGAACUGUCAACUUCAAUUCAAGAGGAAAUUGACGAUAGAGUCGCCAAGACGCCGUCUCCAGAGCCAUCUGUUCCUCCACCACGACAGGUACGAUCGGCCUCGCCGGAAGAGGUGACAAUCCUCAGCUCGGCGCCGCCUGUCGAGGGCGUCCCGGAGCCCCCUCCUGUAGACCGCAUACCAAGUCCUGCGCUGCCGGAUUCAAGCAGCGAGGAUGAUCUUCCACAACCGUCGAAGCGCCGAACCAGGAAACGCAGGACAUAUAGCCCUCCUCCCGAGCCAGACGUCAGCGAAGAGGAACCAAAGAAGAAAACGUGCCGAAAAACUACAAAGCGUACUGCCUGCGAGGACGAAAAUCCGGAUGCAGAGCAAGACCCGCAGCCUCGGAAGCGACGGACUGCGAAGCGCACCGCCUACGACGAAGAGCGCGGGCUUGAGCCCGACCUAGUCAAGGAAGAAUCAAACAGGAAGACGCGUCGACGGACCACGAAACGAACUGACAGCGAAGACGAAGACUCCCAGGCAGAGGAGGAUCCUCAGCCUCGAAAGCGACGAGCUGCGAAGCGCAGCGCGUACAACGAGGAGGUAGGAUCCGAGCUCGAAGAAGGGGAAGGGGAAGAAGUAGAAGUUUCGGCGAAGCAAGGCCCACGGAUUGCAAAGUUGCCUCGCAAAGGUAUCCGGAGCAGAGAGAUUCUCGGGUACAUUGCGCAGGGUAUUGAGACGAUGAUUCCAGUUGCGCCGUCCCCUACGGUAGCUUCCCCAAUAGAGGAAAAGCCAGCGUUCUCAUCGCAUCCCGUUCCAGAAGUAGCCGCUGCUGCCCCUCUCGAGGAGGUUGUCACGACUACGAUCAGCCCACUAGAACCAUUACGACCUCAAGCUGUUGCUGUAGUCUCAAAGGCUGCCGAGGCGACCACCAGUAUUCAGGAAGUCAGCACAGAGCCAGGCUCUCGUCGAAAUGCUACCACUGAAGCACCCCCGCCAGCCGUGCGAUCCAACAGCUCAAGCAACGCGAUUGCACCCACCACGGCCGAAGCUAACGAGACGAAGCUGGAGGCUCUGAGCGCGCCCGAGAUUUCUCUCGCAAGAGUACCGAGGGGCACGACUGCGCAGGCAUCAGAAAAUGCGGCGCCUUCCGAAAUCGAAAAGAAGCCAGACAUUGUCCUUCAAGCACCGGUGCCUGUCCCAAUUGAGGUAUUGCCGACUUCAGAAAGUAUGUCCAGCGGCAGCGAGACGAACCAGGCUGGGCGGCCGCGCAUCGCCAACCCAGCUUCGCGAGGCAAAAAGGCGGCCCGGCGGGAGGACGCGGCGGGGCUGGCGCCGCAGGUCAUGGUGCCGUUGGAGCCCGUCCAGCCGGUCGUCGCGCGCAUGAUUAGCACCCGUCCUGGCGGCGGCGCUGGCUGCGAGUAUGCCUGGGUUUACGUCGGCGAGCGGUGGGACGUGGAGUCGACAUGCGCAUGA